AUGAUUGGUAUGAUGGCGCGUAGUGGGGCGGGUGUUUUUCCCCCCAGGCGCCCUGGACAAACGGACGGUGACCUCCGUAAGGAGCUUAACGACCGGAAUGCCCCCCGUGAUUCCACCAUUCUCACCCGCACGGAACUGGACAUCAUACGUGAAAUGAUCAGUGGAAAGAAUAUUAUGACGACACUCACGCGAAGUGCAGUGCGCACCCGCAGUGUUGAGGCUGAAGAGCACAAGCGGCGCAUGCAGCAGUAUGAUGAGGAGCAGCGCCUUUGCGGUGGGAAUGACAAGCCGUUGGAACAGAUUGAGGAAGAGCAGCAGCGACGCCUCAACUUGGAGCGGGCGAAGACGCUGCUUGACGAGCAAUAUGACGAAGUGAAAGCGAUGAAUCAAAUCGUUGACGAGGCCCGGUGCAUUGCCGUGCGUAACGCACAAAUAAGGGAGAGGGAGCUGCGUAAGGAAGAGGAAAUGGAGUAUGAACGAAAGAUGGAAGAGAUGAUGACAGCUGAAGCAGAGAAGGCGGCAAAACUCUAUAACGAACGGGAGGAGCAGCAGGUUGUUGCCCGCAAGAAAACUCUCGCGGUUAUUAAGGCUCAGUUGGAGCAACACGAUGUAGAACGCGUGCGGAAGCUGGAAUUGCUUCAGCACGAACGGGAGGCCAUGACACGCCACCUUGAGCUUUUACGAGAAGAGGCUCAAGCUGAAAAACUUCAACAGCAGGAGAAAGAGAGGCGUAUUAUGGAAGCCGUUGCAUUGGCCAACGCGCAACAAAUCAGCUUAAAGAAGAGACAGCAGGAACUCGAUGAGGAGGAGGAUAGGCGUAUAGCAGAGUUUAUUAAACGGAAACAGGAGCGUGAUCGCCUCUAUGCGGAGGAGCAACAGCGCAUACGAGACGAAAAGGAGCGUGAGGUGGCCAGACUGCGAGCAGAACAGCAACGGGCACAGAACACGCAGGCAUUGCUGGAUGACAUACGAGCACAGCGUGCACAAGAAGAGUACGCGCGAGAUAUGCGCCGAAAGGAGAAGGAGCGUAAGGAGCGUGAGGCUGCGGUUCUGCAGGACCUCGCGCAAAUGCGCGAGAAGCAGAUCGAGGAGCGCAAGCGCAUGAAGGCCGAAGAGCGGCGGCUGGAAGAAGAGGAGGUGGAACGCAUCAACGCCGUACAAAAGGUUGCGUUGGAGCAGGAGCGAGAGCGAAAAAUGUGGGCCCGCAAGCAACACGAAGAGAAUUCUCUGGCAGUGCUCAAACAGAUUAUGGAUGUUGAGGAGAGACGCCGCCGUGAGCGGCAGGAGUACGUGGCCGAGGGCAACAGCAUUAUGAUGCAAAUAAGGGAGAGGGAAGCAGCCAUUGAGGCCAUUCGCCAGCGUAAGUUGAAGGAGUUAGAGGAACUCGGUGUGCCUGAAGAGUACUGCCAGGCACUGCAGAAGAAGAUGAAGGUCAAGGUGGCCCGGCGAUAG